AUGUCGAUUAUUUCACUUUCAGAUGGGUUAACCUCUGACUUCACAGCGAAACAUCUGAAAGAGCUCGUCGCACAACUAAGCAUCGAUAUAUCUGACAGCAAAGACUCCGAUGACUAUCUUCGUCUUCUAUGGUCUCUCGAAGGUGUCAUGAAGCACAUUGAUGAUAGUCCCGAUUACAUUCAUCCGGCACUAAAACCCCAGCCUGUGUCUACGAGUCGCAACUUUUGGAGACCAAGCUCCGAGGAUAAUCCAUUUAAUGCAUGGAGUCACAUCUGUGAUCUCAGAGCCACCAAUCCCAUUAGUAGUGCCCUCAAAGGGCGCACAGUUGCGAUCAAGGACAACAUAUCAGUGGGAGGGCUGCCAACGACGCUCGGGGCACCUCCUUCACUUCUGUCUGAAAAAGCAGUGUAUCCAACCUCUCCCAUUGAUGCGACCGUUGUAUCUCGGCUUCUCGGAGCUGGGGCCGUGAUCAAAGGGACAUCGACUUGCGAAUGCUUCUGUGCUUCCCCUCUAUCGUUUACAUCCGCGACGGGACCGGUGCAUAACCCACGUCUUCACGGCUAUACCGCGGGUGGAAGUAGCAGUGGGUCUUGUGCCUUGGUUGCUGCACAUGUCUUAGCAUCCGAGCGAAACGGCGGAUUGGGUAAGACGGUUGAAUUGGCUAUCGGCAGUGACCAAGCAGGCUCAGUGCGAAUUCCCGCUUCAUAUAACGGCAUAUACGGCCUCAAGCCCACUUUCGGGUUGAUACCCUACACCGGUGCAGCGUCCAUGUCCCCUAUGAUCGAUCAUUUAGGGCCAAUUGCGUCUCGGCUUGAAGACAUUGCAGGGCUGAUUGAGGUGAUGGCGGGAUAUGACGGUCUUGAUCCACGGAUGACUCCAGAGUCUCCUUUGAUAAACCGAGUGAAGCCAUAUUCACAGCUGUUGGCGGCAUUCCGGCAGCAAUUGAAAUCAAAGCCAGAGGCAGGCCGGACCUGGCGGAUUGGUCUUCUCAUAGAGUCAUUCCAGAUUCCCGGUAUUGCUCCUGAGGUCCGUGAUACGGUUCGCAAAGCCGCAAGCGAAUUUUUCAAGGCUGCUGGUGCUACUGUCGUAGAUAUUUCCGUCCCCAUUCACCGAGAUGGGCCAAUUAUAUGGACUGCAUCGACACGGCCCUCUAUGUCUAGCUGGCUUUGUCAAGGCAAGCCCUCUGGUCACCUUUCGUACUUGUCUCCCCAUAUCCAACCCAUAUGGCCACCAACGCAAGACACCUACGAGAUUAUCACUGCAUCAAAUCCUGCUCUUACAAACAUCAUGCUAAGCGAGCAGUUCUCGCAGCGAUUUAUAUCCGCAGGAACCGAGGCAAAGGCUCAUCGUAAGGUCUUCGAGCUACGGGAUGCCUAUGACAAAGCACUCGAAGAAGUGGACGUGCUUGUCACCCCAUGUGCCCCGACAAUUGCAAUGCCUCAUCCAAGAUCAGUGGACAGCCAAGGCAGGUCACUUUCAAUCCUAGAAAGACUUGAGCAUAGCAUCGGCUUGACGAGCAAUACUUGUCCAUUUAAUGUGACGGGCCACCCUGCUUUGAACGUGCCUUGUGGAUUCUCUAACCCACCAGGUCGAUCUGAAAUAUCUCUUCCUAUUGGCAUGCAAAUAAUUGGACGACGGUGGUGUGACGAGCAGGUUAUCAUGGCGGCAGCUUUGUUUGAGAUGGGACGGGAAUUGGCGUCUCAAUAG